AUGGAAACGGAAGAUGUAAAUGAGUGUGAGGAGACUAACGGAGGCUGUGAGGCUCUUUGCUGCAACACCAUCGGCAGCUUCUACUGCAGGUGUCAAUCUGGUCAGCAGCUGAAGGACGACGGCAAGACCUGCCAAGAUAUUGAUGAGUGCCAGGUCUAUAACGGGGGCUGCCAGCACAGAUGCGUGAACACCAGGGGCUCCUACCAUUGUGAAUGCAACCCAGGCUCUCGACUCCAUGUGGAUGCACGCACCUGCAUUGCUGUCCAAUCAUGUGGCAUCAGUAAUGGAGGAUGUGAGCAUUUCUGUGUACAGCAGUCCCCUACUGCCAUCCGCUGCCACUGUAGAGCCAACUAUGUGCUUGCUGAGGACGGAAAGCACUGCAAACUGGAGAAUCCAUGUCUAGAUAAAAAUGGCGGCUGCCAGCAAGACUGUCUUGUUAAUGGUAGCAAGACCCACUGUGACUGUAGAAAUGGGUACAAGCUGGCAGAGGACAGGAAGAGCUGUGAGGAUAUUGAUGAGUGUGAGUCUGAACAGUCGGGUUGUGCUCAUGGCUGCCACAACACCCUGGGCUCCUUCGCCUGUGUGUGUUACACUGCCUACGAGCUGGGAGCAGAUGGACGCCGGUGCUACCGGAUUGAGAUGGAGAUCGUCAGCAGCUGUGAGAGAAACAACGGAGGCUGCUCCCAUCACUGCCAGCACUCAACUGGCGGCCCUGUCUGCAGCUGUAACCAGGGUUAUCGACUGGAGGAUGACCUCAAGACCUGUGUUGACCUGGACGAGUGUGGAGAGGCAAGCUCAUGCUGCGAGCAGGACUGUACCAACUACCCUGGGGGCUAUGAGUGCUACUGCACAGCGGGCUACCACCUCAACUCAGAUGGAUGUAGCUGUGAUGAUGUGGAUGAGUGUCUGGCGGCUAACGGUGGCUGUGAUCACACAUGCCAGAACACCGCCGGCUCCUUCCAGUGUUUCUGCCGCCAGGGCUUCCGUCUGGACGAGGACCGAAGCUCCUGUGAAUUGCUGGGGAAUACAGUUGAGGCCCUGUCUAGUGGGGGACAGGAUGCUGUGGGGUCUCUGCCUCAGCUCCAGCUCGCCCUGCUGCAGGACUACAACCAGCCCCUGGAGCGCUAUGACGACUAUGAGGAUGAUGAUGCUGGAGAGCUGCUGGCUGAGAGCACGCUAGCAGAGAAAUUUGUGUGUCUGAACAACACCUUUGGCCAUGACUGCAGCCUGACCUGUGAGGACUGCUCUAACGGAGGGCUGUGUGGCCAAGGGAGAGAUGGAUGUCACUGUCCCGAUGGAUGGACAGGCCUCAUCUGCAACCAGACUUGUCCCGAGGGAUCAUUCGGCAGUAACUGCUCGUUCCCCUGUAAGUGUAAGAACGGAGCCACCUGUGACCCUGUCAAUGGGAACUGUCGCUGCCCACCUGGGGUCAGUGGAGACAUGUGCCAGGAUGGCUGUCCUAAGGGCUUCUAUGGGAAACAGUGCAAUAAGAAGUGUAACUGUGCCAAUAAUGGGCGCUGCCACCGCACCUACGGAGCCUGUCUGUGUGACCCUGGACUCUACGGGAGGUUCUGCCAUCUAGCAUGUCCCAAGUGGGCCUUUGGACCAGGCUGUUCAGAGGAGUGUCAGUGUGUCCAACAGAACACUCUGGAGUGUCACCGUCGCCACGGCACCUGCGUCUGCAAGCCUGGUUGGCUAGGCAACGCAUGCAGAGAAGAGUGUGACCCAGGCACGUUUGGCCCAGGCUGUGAGAACAAGUGUGAGUGCCCGCCAAGAGUGUCUUGUGAUCAUGUGACUGGGCAGUGCCAACGUUUGUGCCCGGCUGGUCGCCGUGGAGACAACUGUGAUCAAGACUGUCCAGAGGGGAGGUUUGGGCCAAGCUGCACUCAGGCCUGUGACUGCUCAGGGGCCCCAUGUGACAGAGUGAGUGGCCAGUGCCAGUGUCCUGCAGGAACAUCAGGAAAACGCUGUGAGAAUGUGUGUGUGGAGGGCUUCUGGGGCGUGGGCUGCCGUGAGGCCUGUCCAGCCUGUGAGAAUGGAGGAGUGUGUGACAAACACAACGGGACGUGUUCCUGUCCUCCUGGGUACAUGGACAGGCUCUGUCAGAACUCAUGUCCGACAGGAUGGUUUGGUGUUGGAUGCCAGCUGCGCUGCAUGUGUGAAAACAGCGGGCGCUGCCACCCUGCCACGGGCCGUUGUACCUGUGCCCCUGGCUGGGCUGGACACAACUGCAGGAAAGCCUGUGAUGCCGGGCAAUGGGGGGUGGACUGUGCUGAGAAAUGUGACUGUAAGGAUAGUGACGGGAGCUGUGACGCGGUGACGGGCCAGUGUAACUGUGAGGCCGGCUACACAGGGACACAAUGCCAUGACAAGUGUCCAGUGGGCUCUUUUGGGCUAGGCUGUAGGCAUCACUGUCAGUGUGACAACAAGGGGACAUGUGACCAUGUGAGCGGAGCCUGCACCUGUCUGGUGGGCUGGACUGGAACCUUCUGUGAGAAACCCUGUCCCCAGGGCUUCUAUGGGUUGGACUGCCAGGAGAAGUGUGUGUGUCUGAACGGAGGUCACUGCAACCAUGUCACUGGGGUGUGUGUGUGUCCUGCUGGUUGGAUUGGUCCUACCUGCAACCUGACAUGCCAGGCUGGUUUCUAUGGGGAGGGCUGUAACCAAACCUGCGGUUGCCAUAACAAUGGUAGCUGCCACCCGGCGAGUGGGCAGUGUGUGUGUACACCCGGCUGGACAGGGCCAAGCUGCUUACAGGAAUGCCCAGUAGGCUUCUAUGGAGCAGACUGCCGCCAGCGUUGCCUGUGCCAGAAUGGAGCCACGUGUGACCAAAUCAGUGGGCAGUGUAUGUGUGCCAACGGGUGGAUGGGCACAGCCUGUGAGCUAGAGUGUGGAGCGGGGCGGUUUGGGGCCGACUGCCAGCAGCAGUGUCAGUGUGAGAACGGGGGACAGUGUGACAGACAGAUGGGCAAGUGCAACUGUCGUCCUGGCUGGGUCGGAAAGCGCUGUGAAAAAGCCUGUGGGUCGGGCCUGUUUGGAGCUGGCUGUGAGGAGAGCUGUCAGUGUGAGCAUGAAGCCCCCUGUCACCACGUCACCGGGCACUGCCUCUGUCCACCAGGUUGGAGGGGAACCCUUUGUGACAAAGCCUGUCUACCUGGCACCCAUGGCAAGGGCUGUGUGCAACACUGCACCUGUCCCCAGGGUACUUCCUGUCACCAUGUCUCUGGGGAGUGUGGCUGUCCCGCUGGAUUCACUGGCAAUGGCUGUGAACAGUCCUGUCUGUCAGGGACAUAUGGGCUCAACUGUAACCAGGUGUGCCAGUGUUCUGAGACCAACCAGCUCUGCCACCCAGUGACUGGGUUGUGUUACUGCGCCCCAGGCUUCCAGGGUCCUAAAUGUAACCAGGGGUGUGUGGAAGGUCGGUAUGGUCCCAACUGCGAGCGAGAGUGCCGGUGUCAAAACGGUGGGAAGUGCAGCUCCACCACUGGCACCUGUGAAUGUACAGCAGGGUUCAUCGGAGCACACUGCAACAUCACAUGCCCAGCGGGACGUUAUGGGCAGGAAUGUGCCCGCGUGGUGCUGUGUGGAGAGGGGGCACAGAAUGACCCUGUCACUGGUAGAUGUCAUUGCAGCCCUGGACGAAGAGGAGAGGACUGUGGACAAGGCUGUGCUCCUGGAUGGUUUGGAGGGGACUGUGCUCAGCGCUGUAACUGCAGUAACGGAGGACUGUGUGACUCUGUGUCUGGAAACUGUACCUGUGGUCUGGGCUGGACCGGGCCUCACUGUGAUACAGAAUGUCCUCCGGGGACGUUUGGAGCUAGCUGCCAGCUGAAGUGUGACUGCCGGAACAACGGAACCUGUGACAGGUUGACAGGAACCUGCCUGUGUAUCCCGGGAUACUACGGACAUCAGUGUGAAAAUGCGUGCCCCCCUGGUCUCCAUGGCCCUCUGUGCCAGCUCCAGUGUGACUGUCUGAACGGGGCGUCCUGCCAUCCCUCCACAGGCCUUUGUGUGUGUCCUCCUGGGUACCACAGCUCCCGCUGUCACAGAGAGUGUCACCAGGGCAGGUUUGGUGUGAACUGUGCCAAGUCAUGUGACUGUGUGGAGGGCACGCCCUGUGACCCUGUGAAUGGCAGGUGUCUGUGCACCUCAGGGAAGACUGGACCCAGGUGUGACAUUGACUGCAAAGCAAACCGCUAUGGACCAGACUGCACAGAGAGGUGUGAGUGUGACAACGGGGCUUACUGUGACCAUCGGAACGGACGCUGCACCUGUCUCAACAGCUGGAUCGGACUCACCUGUCAGGAAGGUGGGCCUCCACGCCUCCCCUACAGAAGCAGGAGGGAGGAUAAAUCACAUCUGGACAAUAACGCGUUAUAGCACCCUCUUUUGGUUGGAGGCUCCAAUCCCCUCAACAAGCCUUCGACUGUAAGAGGCUGAGGUAGUAGCACAAGCUUCACUGAAGCCGAACUGAAGUGGAUUAAAAGUGUGGAUAUUAUUUCAGACAUACACACCCCAACAGGAAAGGAUACUGCUGCGCCCAAGUAGCUGGAUGACAGACAUAGAGAAAUAGACUCUAAGGAGAAAUGUACUCUGUGUUUGCUCUGGGGUGGACAAUGCUUUGGUGUGCGUGCGUAUCUGUGUUUUGAACUGUGCAGGGCUUUUUAUUGUGUGUGUAGUGUAUAUGUACAGCUCCCACGCAGGCAUGGCCUGACUCAUCAGUGAUGAGGUACUGGAUGUUGUGACCUCCUUUCUGGUAGUUAGAGGGAGGUCGGAGGACAGGGGUUACCAGGACUACCCUCCUCUGCACACUCCCAUCCUGGACAAAGAACCUGUGGGAUGUAGGAGAUGUGUGUGGAGACAGGGGCUAAAUGUCCAACACUAACACACAUUCUUGAUUUCAGAGAUCCACCAACUCACUCUGCUGUUCUUGAGAUAUUUGUUUUGUAUACUUGGCAAUGUUAAAAUAUUUUAUGUUUAGUAUUUUUGUAAUUUCCCCCUGGAAUUUUGAUGGAAUUUGUGGAUAUACCAUAUGUAUAUGUGGCAUUAUUUUCAGAGCAACCACUAUACAAAUGCAUUGACUUUUACAUCAUAUACUGUAAAUUAUUCAUUUAUAUGUAAUCUGUUCUUACGAAGCCAUCAAAGCCAAUACGUCACCCAUCAAAACCAAUCCAUGACCCAUGUAUCUAAGGUUUUAGUAUAGUAUAGUAGUAGAUGAGAUUAAUCCCUAUCAUACAAUGUAAAGUGUUUUGAGCACCUGAAAAAGUGCUUUAUAAAUCCAGUCCAGUAUAAUGUCUAUUGCCAGUUAAUCUUGGUUAACCCAGAACAAAAAUCUUGCUUAAUUUGCUCAGAUGCUCGUAGAAUGUCCAUGAGAUACAUUUUCAGUAAAUGCAGUAGUUAUGUUUGAUGUACAGUAUAUGAAGUGACUUGUUAUACACGUUGGUGCUAUUGUGCUUUAAUCCACUGUAUGUUGACCAGUAGCCAGUAGAUUAACUACAUUCUGUUCAGUACAUUUGUGUUUACUACAGUGUUUGAUUGGGCAAUUCUGAUCCAUAUCCUCAAAGUUUAGUUCACCCCUUUGGAUUGCACAGUGAAUCAGGAACCAUAUGGCCCGAGCUGAUAGUUGGCUCAUCCCGGUCAUAUUAUACAGUACCUUGUUUGUUUUUACGUGUAUAGAGUGCUCUUACAUACAGUACCAGUCAAAGGUUUGGACACACCUACUAAUUGAAGGGUUUUUCUUUAUUUUUACUA